CUCCAUCAAAAUCCUAAACAAACCCUUAAUUGCUAUGAUUUUGUCUUAACCAUUCAAAUAUCAAGGGAGAUAUAGUUUAUGAUAAGUUAGGCAGUCAAAGUUUGUAUAUUUAACAACUUAGUUACAAUUUUAAUUGAAGAACAAUAAUAAAAAUAAAACCAACACACAAAAUUGCAGCUAUAAUUUUAGUCCAAAAGUGAUUUGAAUGAAGCAAGCUUUAAGUAUCAAUGUUAGGGGACAAGAGAUAAAAUGAAGAUGAAGAUAAUAAAAUACUGUGUCUUUGGAAGUGCAACACGUGUGUAUGCCACUCUCCCUCACACAAAAUAUCCAUGUAACAUAACAAGAAGACCCUUAUCUUUGUCUCUAAUCUCCACCACUUUCUCUGCUUUAAUCUUCUCACUUCCUCUUCCACCUUCCUAUUCUUCUCCUUCACCUUCUUCAAAACGUCCAAUAGCAGAUUUCUCUGAACUCCCCAAUUCUGGUGGUGUUAAGGCUUUGGAACUCCUUGUUGGUUCAGGUGAAGUUCCUCAAGAUGGAGACCAGGUUGAGAUUCAUUACUAUGGUAGACUUGCAGCAAAACAAGGAUGGCGUUUUGAUUCAACCUAUGACCACAAAGAUGAGAAUGGUGAUCCUAAUCCUUUUGUCUUUGUCCUUGGCUCUGGUAAGGUAAUUGCUGGAAUUGAUGUGGCAGUGCGAUCAAUGAAAGUCGGUGGUAUUCGUAGAGUCGUCAUACCUCCAUCACUUGGGUAUCAGAACACAUCACAGGAACCUAUCCCACCUAAUUUCUUUGACAGGCAGAGGCUGUUCACUACCAUUUUUAAUCCGACUCGACUUGCAAAUGGUGAAGGUUCAACUUUAGGGACACUUAUAUUUGAUAUUGAACUGGUUGGCUUGAGGCAUCAGUGAAUUCAGAAUGAUCCAGCAAUCUAGUAAACAAACAAACACUUUCUUUUUUACGAGGGGUGGUCAUAUAGUGUAACUGUACAUGUACCAGCAUUUAUAAAUUUGUGAAUUGCAGAAUAGUAUUAAUGAAAUUUAUAUUUAAGGAACCCAGGUAGUAUAUUGCUUGAUUUUUGGACUCAUAUGGCUUUGCUUUAGAAACCAAUUCAAUGAAAUGGUACACUGGUGACUGGUUUACCUUUUCCGAAA